UGAACCCAGUUUACCAUGAUCCAUUGCGCACACACGUUUGCGUCGAAGUGUCCACGCGCGACGCAGCUAGUCACACAAGAUGGCGGACGCAGCGGCUGUAGAUGGAGACAAACUCAGCAAAAAGUUUGGGCACUGACCUCCCACGGUAACUCUAAAAUCUGCCUCAAAGCCAUGCUGACUCUGGUCAGGGUUGCUGGCCGUCAGGUGUGUCAAGCCCUGGGGGUCAGGACACAGUUGACAAAGUUUGCUUGCCCCAAUCCAGCAGCCGUUCCUGCGCUUAUACAGGGAUAUCGCUGGCGAGGUGACAAGAGUGAGCUGAAAAGGCGUAUGAAAGCUGAGAAGAAGGCUCAGGAGAAGGAGGCCAAGGUCAAGGAACAGGUGGAGCAGAAGCCUGAAAAGGCUGAGCAGAACAACUAUGGGGCUGAUGAGGAAACACUGGACCCCAAUCAAUACUUUAAAAUCCGUACACAAGCCAUCCAGGCCCUCAAGGGCACGGCGGAAGACCCAUACCCCCACAAGUUCCACGUAGACAUGUCCCUCACAGAGUUCAUCGAGAAGUACAGCCAUCUAGAGGCUGGGGACCAACUCAAAGAAGAGCUCUGUGUGGCUGGUCGUGUCCAUGCCAAGAGAGCCUCGGGUGCUAAGUUACUGUUCUAUGACCUGCGAGGGGAAGGCGUCAAACUGCAAGUCAUGGCAAACUCCAGGAAUUACACAUCAGAGGAAGAUUUUGUGCGCAUCAAUAACAAACUGAGACGUGGUGACAUCGUGGGAGUCCGUGGCAACCCUGGAAAAACAAAGAAAGGCGAACUGAGUAUUGUCCCUGUGGAAAUGACACUCCUGUCCCCGUGCCUCCAUAUGCUGCCACAUCUCCACUUUGGCCUCAAGGACAAGGAAACCCGUUUCCGUCAGCGAUACCUGGAUCUGAUUUUGAACGACCCCGUCAGGCAAAAGUUUGUGACCCGGUCCAAAAUCAUCACUUACCUGAGGAGUUUCCUGGACCAGCUGGGCUUCCUGGAGAUUGAGACUCCAAUGAUGAAUAUCAUCCCUGGUGGCGCGGUGGCUAAACCCUUUAUCACGUACCACAACGACCUGGACAUGAACCUGUAUAUGAGGAUUGCCCCAGAGUUGUACCACAAGAUGUUGGUGGUCGGCGGCAUCGACCGAGUGUACGAGGUGGGCCGCCAGUUCAGGAACGAGGGCAUUGACAUGACGCACAACCCCGAAUUCACCACCUGUGAGUUCUAUAUGGCCUAUGCAGACUACCACGACCUCAUGGAGAUCACCGAGAGGCUGCUCUCAGGAAUGGUGAAGCACAUCACGGGUGGCUACAAGGUGGCGUACCAUCCUGAGGGGCCGGAGGGCCAGGCGUACGAGAUCGACUUCACACCGCCCUUCAGACGAGUCAGCAUGGUGCACGACCUGGAGAAGGAGCUGGGCACCAAGUUCCCCCCUCCAGACACGUACGACAGCGAUGAGACUCGUAAGUUCUUCGAUCAGCUGUGCGCCGCGAAGGGAGUGGAGUGCCCACCUCCUAGAACCACAGCUCGUCUCCUGGAUAAGCUGGUUGGAGAUUUCCUAGAAGUAACGUGUAUCAACCCAACAUUCAUCUGUGACCAUCCACAGAUCAUGAGUCCACUGGCCAAGUGGCACCGAUCGCAGAAAGGGCUGACUGAGCGUUUUGAGCUGUUUGUGAUGAAGAAGGAGAUCUGUAACGCCUACACCGAGUUGAACGACCCCAUCAGACAGAGGGAGCUCUUUGAACAGCAGGCCAUGGCCAAGGCGGAGGGUGAUGACGAGGCCAUGCACAUCGAUGAGACCUUCUGCACAGCGCUGGAGUACGGCCUGCCCCCCACAGCAGGCUGGGGCAUGGGCAUCGACCGCCUUGCCAUGUUCCUUACAGACUCCAACAACAUCAAGGAGGUGCUCCUGUUUCCUGCCAUGAAGCCUGAUGACAACAAGCCUGCCGACACCACCAAGCCAGCCGAGGGCACCUCUGUGUAGCCAGCAGGGCGCGCCACCUUCACCUGCCACAGGGAAGACACACUGGCAGCAGCAGUGUCUAUUGGAUAAGAGAAAGGAGGAAAAAACAUGACUUGCUCCAAAAAAAACUGUGAUUGGGCAUGUAACACCAAAGGCGAUUAAUGUAGUGGAGGGUUAGUAUUGAGACUGUGUCUGCAUAUGUAAGGGAAUGGGGUUGUAUGUUGGUUUGUCGUGUCCUGUCUGCAAGGGUGGGGAACUUUGUGGACCUCCUGCUUAGCGGAAGGAAGCCAGCUGAGGGGUAAUUGCAAGAACACGGUUGAGUGAUAAAUCUGGCAAAGUUAACCAAAAAAGUGGUAAACCUGCUAAUAAAUAGUAUACAUGCAUCAUUUGGUUAAGAAAAUGAGUUUGUCUGCCUGGUAUAUUAGCUGAUUUACCACCACCUCCAGGUCAACUUGACCUGGUUUUCCAGUGAGCCGCCCUCUUGGAUUGCCCUCCUGCUCUCUCUGUGUCCUUUCAGGGCCAUGUGGAGGUGGCCAGUGAUUUCUAUGGGUGUCCCUCUGCUUUUACAUUCUAUUUUUUAACUAUCAAGUCCAAUAAAUACAGUAAAUCCUCGACUGAAAUAACGCAGGAAUAAAUAAAACAUUUGAAAAGUA